CGUCCUAUUUACCGUUCACAAGUCGUUGGAAAUUACGUACUGACUCAUAUUGUAGAAAAAGCUCAAAUAAAGAGCCUGGAAAAACUUAAGGCGAUCGCCUUGCGCAAAGAAUCAGCUUAUCAUGGAACUACUCCUAAACAUUAUUACUCUCGGAUCAAUACAAUUAAAUCUUUAACUGAGGCAUCAGAUAAUUUCCACACUCGCAUACCUAAUUAUUUGGUGAAGAGAAAAGAAAAUCACGAUCAUGGUUCUAGUAACGCAACGUUAGACAAAUAUCUUACUAAAUUUCUCAAAAAUAAUAGACUCCGAACUCAAGGGGCUAUGCGAUUCCCUACACACAUAGUAGCCACGGUCUCUGAUGACACAGCUGAGUUUGAAUACUGCCUGAACAAACGGGAUAACGCCCAUAAUGAUUAUCAUUAUUUGCCAUUUCUGGAUCAUAAGAUGAAACGACUACAUCCUACGCCAGCUAUUACCGAUGACUCCCUGGCUCCAGGACCUUCAAAUUCAAAGAACGUUUAAUUUAUAUAUUAUAUAUAUUAGUAUUCUCAAUAAUAGGAGU